GAGGCGGGGAACCGGGUGUGGGAAGCGUGGCGGCCCCGCCCCGUCUCCUGGACCAGCCGCGGCCGCCAGCGCCGCCGCAGCCGCAGGGACCGGCGGACGCAACAGAGGCGUGCGGUGCGGACCCAAAGUUGCUUCAGAAAAACCACACAUCUCCCCAGCCCACCAUGGCAGAUGAAAUUGAUUUCACCACGGGAGAUGCAGGGGCUUCCAGCACUUAUCCUAUGCAGUGCUCAGCCCUGCGCAAAAACGGCUUUGUGGUGCUCAAAGGACGACCAUGCAAAAUCGUGGAGAUGUCAACUUCCAAGACUGGGAAGCAUGGUCAUGCCAAGGUACACCUUGUUGGAAUUGAUAUUUUCACUGGCAAAAAAUAUGAAGAUAUUUGUCCUUCUACUCACAACAUGGAUGUCCCAAAUAUUAAGAGAAAUGAUUAUCAACUCAUAUGCAUUCAGGAUGGCUACCUUUCCCUGCUAACAGAGACUGGGGAAGUCCGAGAGGAUCUUAAGCUGCCAGAAGGUGAACUGGGCAAAGAAAUAGAAGGAAAAUACAAUGCAGGUGAAGAUGUACAGGUAUCUGUCAUGUGUGCCAUGAGUGAAGAAUAUGCUGUGGCCAUAAAGCCCUGCAAAUAGACAGGACCAUCAGGACCAUCCACACAAGCAGACCCAUUAGGUCUGGAUCUAGUGUCCCAAAGCUAUGGCCUUCAUAAGCAACCUCAUGCUUUAUUUUUGUUAUGUUUCUAUUGUUUUGAAA